AUGGAAGAAUCCGGCUCUGAGAAAAAAACGGAGAAAGAGAAUCUGGGGCCAAGAAUGGAUCCUCCAAUUGGGAAACCUGAGGGAUCGCUUGGGUGGGUGCUACCAAAUACAGCCAUGAAGAAAAAGGUGCUGCUGAUGGGUAAAAGUGGAUCUGGUAAGACCAGCAUGAGGUCUAUUAUCUUUGCAAAUUAUAUUGCCAGAGACACACGUGGCCUGGGUGCAACAAUACUAGACCGUUUACAUAGUCUUCAAAUUAAUAGCAGUUUAAGCACCUACUCUCUAGUAGACUCUGUUGGAAAUACAAAGAAAUUUGAUGUCGAACAUUCUCAAGUUCGAUUUUUGGGAAACCUGGUUUUGAACCUAUGGGAUUGUAAAGGACAAGACACUUUCAUGGAAAAUUAUUUCACUAGCCAGCGGGACAACAUUUUCCGAAAUGUGGAGGUUUUGAUUUAUGUCUUUGAUGUAGAGAGCCGUGAACUGGAAAAAGACAUGCACUAUUGCCAAUCAUGCUUGGAAGCCAUUCUGAAGAAUUCUCCAGAUGCCAAAAUCUUUUGUUUGGUGCACAAAAUGAAUCUGGUACAGGAAGAUCAACGGGAUUUGAUUUUUAAAGAACGAGAAGAAGAUCUGAGGCGUUUGUCUCGCCCACUGGAAUGUUCUUGUUUCCGAACAUCUAUCUGGGAUGAAACUCUCUAUAAGGCUUGGUCCAGCAUUGUUUAUCAGCUGAUUCCCAAUGUUCAACAGCUGGAAAUGAACCUGAGGAAUUUUGCUGAAAUUAUCGAGGCUGAUGAAGUGCUUCUGUUUGAGAGAGCUACUUUUCUGUUGUCCGCCUGCCCCACCGGGAGUGCGGGCAAGUGCCCCACCUUCCCUCCCAUAGUCAAGCAGCAUUUCCCGGCCCCGCUGGGCGUGCGCGGGCGAGCGGCUCCCCUCCCAGCCGAACUGCGUCCCACGGCCCCCCUCCCGCUGAGCCGAGCCGUGUUCCCCCCGGCCCUGCCAGCGCAUGCGGGCGAGCGACUCCCUCCCGCCCAACCGAACUGCGUCCCACAGGCCCGCCAAGCGCGUGCAGGCAAGCGCCCCCCCUCCUGCCGCGUGCACCCGCUGGAGAACCCUAUUUGG